AUGGAUUAUAAAAAAGAGAAAGAGAAUUGGGUCAGUGGGCAUAGUGGAGGAUCAAUAUUGGAAAUUAAUUCUAUUACAGGAGUUUUAUUAACAUCAUAUAUAUUAUGGUCAGCAAUUUCAAAAAGUGAAUUGGCGAUAUUGUUCAACUAUAAUAAUUCUGAAGCAGCAACAAAUUCAUUAAUUACAAAAACCAUAAACAUUAUUAUUUUGGAAUUUUUGAUUUUAGUAUUGCCAAGCAUAUUAGCAUGUACAAUCUUAUCAUCAUAUACAUUUUAUUUAAAUUUGUUAUUUAUAAUAAUAUCAUUUUUGAUCUCCAGUAAAUAUUCAAAAAAUAAAGAGCCAAAAAAGAAAAAACAACCAUGGGAAAAAGAUUCAGAUGAGGAAGAAAUUGAUAAUGAUAAUAGUUAUGACGAAAAUGAAAAUUUAUUGCUUAAUAAAAAGGGGCUUAAUGAUAAUGGUGGCAAUAGUGGUGGUGGAAUAAUAGUUAUUGAUGAUGAUAAUGAAAAAUUGGAAGGAAAAAAGGAAAAAGAUGACGAUGAUGAUUAUUUAAUGAAUGAAAAAUAUAUAAAAAAAAAAAAUAUUUAUAUUUAUAGAAAACCAUUCCUCACAGCUUAUAGAUCUAGUAUGGUAAUUUUAACUUGUAUAUGUAUUUUAGCAGUAGAUUUCAAAGUAUUUCCUAGAAGAUUUGCAAAAGUUGAAGAUUAUGGAACAUCCUUGAUGGAUUUGGGAGUCGGAUCAUUUGUAUUUUCAUCGGGAAUUGUAUCAGCAAAACCAUUUUUGAAAAAACCAGAAAACCGAUUUAAACCAAUGAAAGGACAAUUAGUUGCAGCAGUUAAACAUUCUUUGCCAAUUCUGGCGCUUGGGAUAUUGAGAUUAAUCGCUGUUAAAUCAUCAGAUUAUCAGGAACAUGUCACUGAAUAUGGGAAACAUUGGAAUUUCUUUUUUACACUUGGAUUUCUACCGAUUUUUGUAACAUUGUGUAGAACUUUUCAAAAAUACACAAGAUUUUCCAUAGUUGGAUUGACUAUUGCAAUUUUGUACCAAAUAGUUUUAUCGAAAUUUGGAUUAGAAGAAUAUAUACAAAAUGCACCUAGAAUAAAUUUAAUCAAUGAUAAUAAAGAAGGACUAUCUAGUUUUUGGGGUAGUUAA